GAUUGGUCCCUUCAGAGGAAACUUCCCCAUAAACAAUCUGGAUUCACGAGACAAGUUUCGAAAUGCAGCACAGGAUUAUUCAUCUCACGGUCCUGGAUGUGAGAUUCCCGACUUCUCUGGAGCAACAUGGCUCCGAUGCAAUGCACACGGACCCGGAUUAUUCAGCCGCAUAUGUGGUUGUCGACACGGACAGUGGGCUGAAAGGUUUCGGCCUCACAUUCACGUGUGGAAAAGGCACCGAGAUAGUGGUUUGUGCCGUUAAGGCUCUGUCAGGCCUGGUUAUUGGGAAAUCCUUGCAGGAGAUUGUGAACGACUUCCGUGGUUUUUAUCGCCUCCUGACCAGUGACAGUCAGAUGAGAUGGCUGGGCCCAGAGAAAGGAGUGAUCCACCUGGCCACUGCUGCAGUCCUGAAUGCCGUGUGGGACCUGUGGGCGAGGGCAGAGUCCAAGCCGCUGUGGAAGCUGCUGGUUGACUUGGAUCCCAAGCAGAUCGUGUCCUGCAUCGACUUCAGAUACAUCACUGAUGUGCUAACAGAGGAGGAGGCUCUUGACAUACUUGUGAAAGCGCAGGAGGGCAAGCAGCAGAGAGAGGAUCAGAUGCUGAGAGAGGGCUAUCCUGCCUACACCACCUCCUGUGCCUGGCUGGGAUACUCAGAUGAGCAGCUCAGACAGCUCUGCACAGAUGCACUUAAAAGUGGCUGGACCAAAUUCAAAGUGAAAGUUGGCGCAGAUCUCGAGGACGACAUUCGCAGGUGCCGCCUGAUACGGCAAAUGAUUGGAGCUGAUAAGACUCUGAUGAUCGAUGCCAACCAGAGAUGGGACGUAGCUGAAGCCAUCAGCUGGGUGUCCAGCCUGGCUGAGUUCAAACCUCUUUGGAUCGAGGAGCCAACGUCUCCUGAUGACAUUUUGGGUCACGCUGCAAUCUCAAAGGCUUUAGCUCCACUCGGGAUUGGAGUUGCUACAGGAGAGCAGUGUCAAAACAGGGUGAUGUUCAAGCAGUUCCUCCAGGCCUCGGCUCUGCAGUUCGUCCAGAUAGACAGCUGUCGGGUGGGGAGCGUCAACGAGAACCUGGCUGUGCUCCUCAUGGCCCACAAGUUUCAGGUGCCUGUUUGCCCUCAUAGUGGAGGAGUCGGACUCUGUGAGCUCGUCCAGCAUCUGAUUCUGUUCGACUACAUCGGUGUGUCUGCAAGCCUCAGCAGCCGAAUGUGUGAAUAUGUUGACCACUUGCAUGAACACUUUGUCAGCCCUGUGGUGAUCUGUGAUGCUCACUACAUGCCCCCUAAGGAUCCUGGAUAUUCUUGUGAGAUGCUGGAGUCUUCGGUGAAGAAACACGAGUAUCCUGAUGGAGAAGUGUGGAAACAGCUUAUUAACUAAUGAGGACUUCCUCUUGAAAUGUCUUACUGUAGGGAAUUUUUUGGUUAAACUGGUUUAAAUCUAAAGGGAAGACACUAAAUUAAGUGGAAGUUAAAAUUGCACUGGUAUCUGGGAUUUUCCCAUUACAUGUUUUGUAGGAAAUAAGCUACAAGUUUAUGAUUCUGACACAUAAUCUUAAUUUUUCUUAACUAUGGCACUUUCUCAAAGUUAAGUUACUGGAAAGCUUUUCAAAUACUAGGUUAUGUAUUUAAAAGAUUUCAGAAAUUUUCAGGUCAAAACAGAAGUCUUCACAGACAUACUUCUAUCCACCAAUUCCUCAUUCCCUUCCUGCCUCCACCCUUCCCACCUCUCCAUUCUCGUUCUUCCUGUUUCACCGGUAAAAUGAAGAGCAGCAGUUCAGUGCUUAUCAACAUCUGAAAAGAAGAUUGUGACAUCAAUUUCCUGUGCCAAUAUAAGCUGAUUAAUCUGUAGUGUAUUUUUUUCUUUUACUAAAUUAAAUAUUUUCUUGAA